UUCGCUUAUCUUCCUCCUCUUUUUCAUCUUUCUACUUCUGUAACUCAUGCCUUUUUUUUUUGUAAAAAUGUUGAAUGAUUUGAAUCAAAUCAAAAUCUUCAAUAAUCUAACGAAUAAGUCGCAUCAUAGGUAUUCUUAUAAACUCAUAUUUCCUUCAUCCCUGUUCAUAUCAUAAAACCACCAACUUGAAAUAAAACAUUUAUCAAUAUUGUUUGUGGUUUGAGGGUAUGGAUUAUCAAAUAUCUGCUAGCAAAAUGAAACCAAUUUCUUCUUUGAUGGUUGAUUUCAUGGAAAGAAGGAAAUGUUUGAUCUGUGAAUUUUGUGGAUAUCGACUCAAUCAAAGGAUUAAAUCAUCAAAAGGGAGACCCGUAUUGUUCCUUUUAAGUGAAACUGAAUUAGAUUUUGUUAGUAUUCAAUGUUUUAAAUUGAUUUUUUUAAUUUGAAUUAUUAUUUUUUUCCAACGAAAAUGAUACUGAAAUCGAUCGAUUAUGAUCGAAUGGAUUUGGAUUUUGAUGUACUUUGAACAUGAAAUUUGUUCGUUUCAUUGGACUUGAUUGAAAUUGGGUAACAAUUUAUUUGAUUAUUACAAAAAGAAUCUUAAUUUUAUGAAAUUAGAAGAAAAAAAAACUGAUUUUAUUUUUUUUGUACAUUUAUUAUGACUGACAAAGACUACAUAUUGCCAUCACAUAGAAGGCCUCCUUAACAGUCGGGCAACCAGAUCAAUUCGAUUUUUGUUUACUGUUGUUUGAUGAUGUUUUUUUAGUUUUAUGAUGAAUGAUAAAAAAUCAAACUGAUACUAGAUCCUAGGCUUAUGAUUUAUUCAAUUAUAUGUUCCAGUAAGAUUCUGGAGCUUAAUUGAUGGAGUAUUUUAUCUAGGUUUAGUGUUACUUGAUGUUUUUGGCUUCGAUUGAAUGUGUACUUUCCUGUACACCGUUUACUUUUAGAUUAUAUGAAAUUGUUGUUUGAAGCUUCAGAUGUUUAUGAUCAUUUUUUUUGUAAUAUGUAGGGGUAUCAAACAGGUCUGAGAAGUUUAUUAAUGUUGUUUUGAAACAUGGUGAGCAUUCUGCUGUUUUUCGUGUUUAUACUAAAACAACCGUAGAAGAAUUGAAGCAUUUUGCAUGCAAGCGCUGGAGGUCUUUGUCUCCUGGGAGUAUAUGUUUCAUCUAUAUGGAUAAUGCUCAAGUAGUUUUUAUGCAAGGUGAUAUACAACUGCAAAGCUUAAUUGGUUUCAUGAUUCUUAUUGAUAAUGAAGAUGUCUAUUUGAAUGUGGAUAUGAUUCGGAAUCAUACUUCUCGUUCUAAGUAUGGUUGUAGCAGUAGUUCUGGUUCUAAGUUUGGUUGUAGCAGUAGUUCUGGUUCUUGUUCUAAGUAUUCUUGUGUAACUGAAAGUCCUAAGAUGGUAAGGGUGUUAGAUCAUGAUGCAGACAAGGGGUAGAGAAUUUAUGGGUGGUGUUAAAGCUGUUAGGAUUGCUCUCGAUAAGUACAAGAUGGCUACUGGUCACAAGAUUGUUAUUCUUAAAAAUGACACGACUCAUUUUACUGCAAAAUGCGAAGAAGAUGGUUGUGGUUGGAGGAUUCACUUUGGGCCUGUGAAUGGUGAUACUUCUCGGUUCGUGCUGAAAGAUUGUAAUGCUCACAGUUGUGGUGUUGGUUUGAGGUUAAAGAGUCCUGCGGUGACAACCAAGUUAGUCAAGCAUUUGAUCGCUGACAAUAUACAGGGGGAUCCUAGCUUAAAACUCAGACAGAUCAUGUCACUUUUUAAGAAAAAUUAUGGGUCCAAUAUUAAGUAUCACCAUGCCCGUAGAGCGAAAGAAGCUGUAUUUGAAGAACAUUAUAGCGAUGACGAGAAGUCUUAUAGCGAUUAAACUUGGUAUGUCAGAGCAAUUGAAGAAACUAAUCCCGAUAUCUAUGUGAAGUUUUAAGUUGAGGAUGAAACCAGUAUAUUUCAGAGGAUAUUCAUUUGUUUCGGUGCUUGCAAGCAUAGCUAUAGGUAUCUCAGGCCCAUGAUUUACUUGGACACUACUUUCCUUACUGGUAGAUACAGGGGUACUUUGAUGGCUGCGACAUGUAUCAAUGGAAACAAUGGUUUUUACCCAUUUGAUUUUGCUAUUGUUUCUACUGAAAACAAAGAUGAUUGGUUUUGGCUUCUGGAGAAUCUUCAACAAGUUGUCGAUGGUCGUCAGAUUGUUUUCCUUAGUGAUCGUGUAGAAGGACUUUUGCAGGGCAUUCCAAAAUAUUUUCCUAAUUCACAUCACAACUAUUGCGUUUACCACAUCAAAUGCAAUCUCCCCAUUGGAUCAGGUGAUGCGAAUUCGAAGCCCGUUAUUGAUUUUUUUUACAAAGCUGCCUACUCUUACACACCGGCGAACUUUGAAGAAGCUUUGCGGGGAAUGAAUGCAAUUAGAUGUGGACAUGUUGCUAACUAUAUCAGGACUAUUCCAAAAGAGAAAUGGGCAGAUGCAUUUUUCCCUGUAUGCAGAUAUGGUGCUCACUCUUCAACUCUUGCCGAGUCCUUCAACAACUGGGUUCUUCCUUUCAAAAAGUUUCUUGCUUUUGCUCUUCUCGAUGCGAUACAGUGAGUUUUAUGUUUGGUGGUUUAUUUAUGUAAGUCUGUCUAAAUUGUUGCAUACAUGGAAUUGCUUGAUCUGUAAAUACUUGUACACAUGUUUUAUCUGUGAUUAUG